AUGGCGUCUGGAGGUCGUACCAGACAGGAAACAACGGUAAAGGUUGAAAGACAGAUGCAUCUGAAGUGGGAUCUGGGGUGGAUGCUGACAUCACGUGGUUUAUCGAUAAGCUACUAUGGAAGCUUCAACUUUCCCUCCUGGUGUCUUUUCAACUGCUGGAGACCGGUGGUCCUUCAAGGGCUCGCCUUCAGGUCAUAUGCUACCAAGACCUCCGAUCCACUCCGCAUUCUCUUUUGCGGCUCUGAUGAAUUCAGUAUCGCCCACUUGAAAGCUCUCCAUGCAUAUCAUUUGAAACAACCGGAACGUAUUUCCUCCAUUGAUGUCGUCUGUAGACCUGGAAAGAGAGUUGGAAGAGGACUGAAACAAAUCCGGGAAGUACCGCUAAAAGCGGCUGCAUCUGCUCUCUCCCUUCCGAUCCAUGAGAUUGACACCUUUACUGGAUGGACACCCCCGUCCUCCCCGAACGGUAACAUAAACUUGGUGAUUGCCGUAUCAUUCGGACUUUUUGUUCCACCACGCAUAUUGAAUGGUGCCAAGUAUGGAGGCUUGAAUGUGCACCCCUCGUUACUACCAAACUUCCGUGGUCCUGCACCGCUUCAUCAUGCUCUUCUCGCCGGCGAGACCACUACUGGUGUGACGGUUCAGACCUUGCAUUCAAAACACUUUGACCACGGAGUGAUUCUAUCACAAACGCCGGCUCCGGGUUUCGAAAUCCCCAAUCCAGAGUCAUGCACUGUUCCCGAGUUGGUGGAUUUUGUUGCACCUAAAGGAGCAGAAAUGCUCGUGGAAAGCAUUGAAAAGGGUUUAUUUGUCCCUCCCAUUGCAAAUGCUGGUGCUGAACAGACUGGCGAGUUGAAACACGCACCUAAGAUCACACCACAGGACCGGCACAUCAACUGGGUAAACUGGACCUUGGAAGAAAUCAACAGACGUAACCGAGUGAUUGGACCUCUCUGGAGCAAGGCCCUCUGUGCAAGCAAUCCUGCAGAUGGACCUCUGUCAUUCCAACAGAAACGAGUCAUUCUCACAGAUACAGAGGAGGUUGACCCUCCUGAGGGAUGCGAUUCGUUCUCAAUCCUCCCUGGUCUGCCGUUUACAAAUGCUUCCCACCCUGUAGAGCCAAAGAAGUCACGGAAGCUAUACGUUUUUACCGCUGAUGGCAAGGUUCUACGCAUCAACCGGAUGAAAGUGGAAGGCGAACAAGAUGCAGAGGGCCUGCGAGCCGCUAUCAAAGCUCGCAUGUUUGGUGAUCGAGCAUUCCAAUAUGAAGGUCGGGAACUGACUCCCUUCCGCAACCCUCUUGUAUAA